ACGGCACACAAACAUAUGUCAACUUCAAAGGCAGUUGAGAUAGCGGAUUGGUCCAACUUCACAUUUAAAAUAUCGUGUUCUAUGAGGGGAAAUGCUUCACCGGGAGGAAGCUGGAGAUCUGCAGCGACUGUGACAACUUCCAGGACCGUGGCUUCAUGAACAGGGUAAACUCUGUCCGUGUGGAGAGCGGGGCCUACGUCUGCUAUGACCACCCAGACUUCAAGGGCCAGCAGUACAUUCUGGAGCAUGGAGAAUACCCCGAAUUCCAGCGCUGGAAUUCCCAUAACGAUCACAUGGGCUCCUGCAAGCCAAUCAGGAUGCAUGGAGAGCACUACAGGAUGGAGCUGUUCGAGGGAGACAACUUCUCAGGCGAGUGUGUGGAGCUGUGUGAAGACUGCCCCUUCCUGCAGGCUCGUGGUCUGACCAAGAGCUGCGUCAACUCCGUCAAGGUUUAUGGAGAUGGAGCCUGGGUGAUGUAUGAGGAGCCUAACUACCGCGGACGCAUGUACAUCGUGGAGAGAAGAAACUACAGCACCCACAUGGAGUGGCAGGCGGAGAACCCCAGCAUCCAGUCUGUUCGCAGGGUGGCAAACUACUUCUAAAAGCCCCUCACAGUCACAGGCAAUGUGUCUGCGAGCGUCAGAUCAUCAACUGAGGAAAAACACACCCCACUGUCAAGUAAUCCCAUGCUGACUCUGUGGGGCAGUAAAAUAAUAAAAGAUGAAGAAAA